AUGGAUGAGACCUCCCAAAACAAGUCAGUCACAACCCGGAAAAGCAGCAAAGUUUCGAGUAGCAAAUCCCAAAGAUGUCAGCUAUUAGAAAUAGAACUCGAAAGAGAACGGAAAUUGGCAGAAAUCGAAAAGAAAUUAUUGGAUAAAGAAACUGAAUUCAAAAUGGCACAACUGAAAUAUAGAAUCUCUAGCGAUCUCUCAUACGACGAGGAAAUAAAAUCUGUGGCCAGCAAGUCGUCUUUUGUAGAAAAAUGGGUGAAUACGUACGAUCCCAAUCCAGAAUACAAAGAUGUAGUUAAUUCUCAAAAACCUAAAUAUUCUAAUAAUCCUGAAAAUAUGGCGGAAGAGCUGACGAUAAAACAAUUUAUGGCUCGACAAUCUUUCAGCAAAGAACUUCCAGUAUUUUCCGGAGAACCAGGGGAGUGGAUGAACUUCAUUCAUCAAUUCAGGAAAACUACUAAGAUUUGCGGAUUUUCAACAGCAGAAAACAUGGUUCGGUUACAAAAAAGUCUCAAAGUUCAAAAUCUAACAGUAACUAUCCAAAGCCUCAACUGCGAGGAGUACUCCCCAAAUCCUCAGUUACUGUGCGAUGUCGUGAGAAAACUAAGUCCGAACCUGAAAUUGGAAUGGGGGAGGAAAGUUGUGGAGCUGAAAAAAGAACUCAAGAAGGUUUCUAUAAUGGAGUUCUCUCAAUGGUUAGCUGAAACUAGCGAAACUAGCGUCAUGUAUGUUGUACCAGAACAUGAACAAGAGAGAAGGAAGAAAUAUGUGUGUUCUACAUCUAUCCAACAGGAGAAAACAGUUUAUAAAUGUAAAUAUUGCAAGAAAGACGGACAUAAGGUUGAAAAAUGCAAUUCCUUCAGGAAAAUUGAAAUCGAUUAUCGUUGGAAUUGGGCCAGAGAAAACAAAGUAUGUUUUACCUGCCUUUCGUCCUCCCAUCAUACAAAAUUCUGUAAAAAACCAGAAAGAAAUUCUUAUUUGGAAGAGCGAGUCAAUCACCACAUCAAGAGAAGAGAGAAGAACGAAGUUCUUUUAAGGAUAGCCCCCGUUGAACUCACUGGUCCUAAAGGAAAAGUUCUAACAUAUGCACUUUUCGACGAAGCUUCCACCAUUACUAUGAUCGACGCCAAGUUAGCAGAUGAAAUUGGUGCGACCGGACCUUGUGAAGCACUGAAGAUAAAAUGGACAAACAGUAUGACCUCUGAGGAGACAGAUUCGAAAAGGGUUAAUAUGCAGAUACGCGGAAAAAAUGAAGAAACUAAUUAUCUUCUGAACAAUGUCAGAACAGUCAAAAAUCUAUGUCUUCCGGUUCAGUCAGUUGAUAUGAAAAGUAUGUCACAAAAAUUCCGAUACCUGCAGAACUUAAAAUUAUCAUCUUUAGUCAAUGCACAAUCAAGAAUUCUUAUUAGACAGGAUAAUAUAGACCUAAUUAUUGCCAGAGAAGUUCACGAAGGAGGGAAAAAUGAUCCAGUUCUAUCAAAGUCAAAAUUAGGAUGGGUUUUACACGGAAAUAUCGGCAAAAAUUAUUUGGGGCGAGUAGACGAAGAAUUUUCCUUCUUUGUUAUACAUCAAUAUGAAGAAUUGGAAGAACUUGUGAAAAAUUCAUUCAAAAUUGACUGUUUAGGAGUGAAAUAUUAUAAUAAAGAACAAAAUUCGGACGUACUUCGAGCUGAAGCAAUUCUAGAAAAAACCACGAGAAGAAUUGGUCUAAACAAAUGGGAAACUGGCCUCUUGUGGAAAAACGAUGAUGUCGAAUUACCGAACAAUAAAUUCACUGCUUUGACUAGGCUCAAGUCUAUCGAAAGAAAGAUGGUUAUAAAUGAAGCAUUUGGAAUCGAAUAUGAAAAGAAAAUUGAAGAGUAUGUGGAGAAAGGUUAUGCUAGAAAAUUGUCCUACAGUGAAGUCCAACAAAGAAGCGGACGUAGAUGGUUUCUACCACAUUUUGCCGUGACCAAUAAAAACAAACCAGGCAAAAUACGAUUCGUUUUCGAUGCUGCGGCGAAAACAAAUGGUGUUAGUCUAAACGACGUUCUUCUGAAAGGUCCCGAUCUGUUGAACUCCCUGCUUGGAGUAAUUUUUGAGUUCAGACAAAGAAACAUUGCAGUAACAGCAGAUAUUCAAGAAAUGUUUCAUAGAGUUUUUAUCAGACCAGAAGACAGAAAUGCACAACUUUUCCUUUGGAAAGGUAGAGGAACGUAUGAAAGAAAUCCUGAUGUGUACGAAAUGGUGGCCAUGAUAUUCGGUGCGGUUCCAUCACCAACCUCAGCUCAAUUCGUCAUGAGGAAGAACGCUGCAGAAUUUAAACAAUCCUAUCCGAAAGCAUUCAAAGCCAUCACUGAAAGACAUUAUGUUGAUGAUUACCUGGAUAGCUUCGAUACCAUCGAGGAGGCAAAGGAGGUGACAUCGGAUGUAAUCGAGGUUCAAAGACGAGGUGGCUUCACAAUCAGAAACUGGGCGAGUAAUUCCAAAGAAGUUUUGAGAAAUAUUCCGGAGGAAUACAGAAGUAACCAUCAAAAAAAUAUGAAUCUCGAAAAAGAAGCAGUUCUACCAACCGAAAGAAUUUUAGGUCUUUUCUGGAACCCUAACGAAGAUACAUUCUCCUUUUCAAUUAAAUGGAGUGUUAAAAAAUCGAGGGUGUUAUGA